AUGAGGAAUGCGUGUGAGUGUGGGAGUUUUAGAGGUUUUCAUUUCAAAGAUCUUAUUCACUUUGAAAUGUUACAAUUUGCAGAUGAUACUGUGCUUAUUUGUGACGGUUCGUGGUCGAAUUUAUGGUGCAUUAACGAAAUUCUUCGAGGUUUUAAGUUUGCAUCUGGUUUAUGUAUUAAUUUGUGCAAGAGUAGUAUAUUUGGUUUGAAUUUGAAAGACGCCUUUCUUGAUGCCGCUUCGGGUGUUUUGACUCCUGAAAUCAGAAAAGUGUUGUUUCUUUUUCUCGGUAUUCCGGUGGGAACUAAUCAUAGACGCAAAGCUACUUGGUUUUCCUUUCACAAAGCGCCCUUAUGCAUUUUGGAGGAGAUUAUGAGUAUUCAAAGAAACUUUUUAUGGGGGAAUGGUGAUGAGUUGGAUAAAGUGGCGUGGUGGAGGAAUGUGGAUGGCUUUUCGGUGAAAAUUAGUUUUAAGCGGCUUUAUGAGUUAAAAGCUCAUAAUUCGAUUGUGAGUGAUAGGUGUCUUCUUGAAUUGGGUGAGUUCAGUGUAGUAAGCAGUGUUUCGUUGGUUGGGAGUGGUGAUAGGGGAGGCUUUUAA